CUCCUCGACUGGAUCGCCAUCACCCCGGCUCUCAUCUGGGACCAUGCCGAGCAGACCGAUGCGAUCGACGAAUUCUUCGACCAGCUACGGGGAUAUACCACCAUCAACCUCCGACUCCAGCGAUGUCGCUCCCUCGAAGCUCCGAACACCGAAUAUCUCAUGAUCGGUUCGUCGAUCCUGCCCCGUCCGCUGUCCUUCUUUUGGGGAGAUACUGAUGAGGACCACCAGAAUGGAGCCACGCUUCCACCCGAGCCAAAUUCAUUGACUCAGACGACUACACCUCUCUGAUGGAUCUCCUCGGACGAUUGACACAGGGUAGAUCCGUGCAACUGUCUCUGCUGGAUUUCUCGUCAACGAACACGUAUUGCGCCUUCCACCCUGACGAACGGGGCCCCGUCGACCACUUCGAACUCCUGAUGGUCUACUUCCCCGGCCACCUGUCCGAGUCCCAACGAAAAGAAAUCUCGCGCAGGGAUGGACCGUUCAGUCUGCGCGGCUGCUUCCCCGGGCAGCCGUAUGAGGAGAUCGAGCCGCUCCCGCUGCACCAGUUGGUUGACUGGACGUGUGGGUGGUUGGUUGACACCACUAGUGCUGGUGCUGGUGGUGCUGGUGCUGUGGACUUCCGGGGCUAUCGCGGGGCGCAGUGCCUGGUCUACUUUCUGCGGUGGAAUGGGAGGGCUGGGGAGAAGAGCUACAAGUCGAUCCACGAGACGCAUACGGUGGAUUGGUGGGGGGAGUUUUUGGCUCGGUUGGAAGAACUCGGCAUGCUGGGGUAUGAAAGUCAGCAUGUGCAGUUUUAUAGAAGUUCGCGUUUAUAGUACAUAUGAUGGGGCUUGUUGUGUUCUCUUUGUUUGGUUGAGAUGAGAAUGAGUACUUGUGAAGGUUUCUAUGACUUUCCUCGUUUAACGUUUAGUUGAAGGAAGGAGGUUGAUAGAGUGAGGUCAGCUCCGAACUUGAGAAGAACGGUUCUCUCUUAAUAUCCCGGCUCUUGUAUCGAUAGUAUUAGGGCUGUAUGCUGCGAUGAAUGCACUGUUUGUGUAGCGUCUGGAGUUUGGCUCAAAUUAUAAUUGAGAUCCCGGGGCUGCGGAUGCUGCACCGUUAG